CCUCAGAGCCGGAGCGCCGGCAGGAGAGAACGCGUCAGUGAGCUGGAGCGCAGAUCUGUCUGCAUCUCAGUUUUGGGCUCCUAGCUCCCGGGAACAGCGCAGCUUCCUCGGUGGUAGAAUAAGCAUCAGAGAGCGCCAUCCGCGGGCCCUUGCGGCGCCCAGGCCUAGUUGCGCGCGCCCCGCUCUCCCUCGGAGUCUGCCCAACCCGCCGCUGGUGGAGGCGUGAGGCGACGACGGGUGAGCGCCGAAAGCUGCCUUAGCUGCCGCGGCCUUCGGUCCUCCCUCCGCCUCCUCUGUCCCCCCGCCCCGCGCCGCUUCCCUCCUCCCACUUCCCGAGCUCCGGCGUGUCCCGGCCACGCUCACUGCUGCUGCGGGAACAAAGAAGGACCCCGCGGCGGCGGCGGCGGCGGCGCAACCUCCUGCGGUUCCGACCGGCCCGCGGCUGCGGCUCCAAGGCACCCGACUCGCCUAUCCCUGAGGGCUCGGACCGGCCCCACCGCGCCGGCGUCGCGCGCGAGCCCGGCUCCUGGCCCCGCAGGCAGAAAAAUAUGGCUCAGGAGACUAACCAGACCCCAGGGCCCAUGCUGUGUAGUACAGGAUGUGGCUUUUAUGGGAAUCCUAGGACAAAUGGAAUGUGUUCUGUUUGCUACAAAGAACAUCUUCAGAGACAGCAGAAUAGUGGCAGAAUGAGUCCAAUGGGGACAGCUAGUGGUUCCAACAGUCCUACCUCAGAUUCUGCAUCUGUACAAAGAGCAGAUGCUAGUUUAAACAACUGUGAAGGUGCUGCUGGCAGCACAUCUGAAAAAUCAAGAAAUGUGCCUGUGGCUGCCUUGCCUGUAACUCAGCAAAUGACAGAAAUGAGCAUUUCAAGAGAGGACAAAAUAACUACCCCGAAAACAGAGGUGUCAGAGCCAGUUGUCACUCAACCCAGUCCAUCAGUUUCUCAGCCCAGUACUUCUCAAAGUGAAGAAAAAGCUCCUGAGUUGCCCAAACCAAAGAAGAACAGAUGUUUCAUGUGCAGAAAGAAAGUUGGCCUUACAGGGUUUGACUGCCGAUGUGGAAAUUUGUUUUGUGGACUUCACCGUUACUCUGACAAGCACAACUGUCCAUAUGAUUACAAAGCAGAAGCUGCAGCAAAAAUCAGGAAAGAGAAUCCAGUUGUUGUGGCUGAAAAAAUCCAGAGAAUAUAAAUUACUACUUGUGAAGAGACUGAUACUUUUGUUUUUAUUUUAAUAUAUCGUAGGAAAACAUUAAAGAGCAGAUGCAUGGCCAUUUUC